CAGAGUGAGUUAUGGCGACGAGGCACGUCGGAGACUCGUCUGUUGGUCAAAGGGUUAAGUGUGAAGGUCGACUCUAUAGAUACUGGCGGGCUAAAGACAUACCAUACACAGAGAACACGUAAACAGAGGGCGAUCAUGGCGGCUGGGGCAUGGCGUGGGGUGGAACUGACUGAUGUAACCUGAGGAACUGUUCUGACUCACUACCAGGAAGAUGGGUAUCACGCCAAGCGUUACACGCAACCAGGAACCAAUCCCCAGGUGGAUCUACACGGUCAAGGUCAAGGACGAGUAUGCUGUGGACAAGUUCGACGCUUUCUCUGAUGGAAUGUCCCACGUCACUCCCACAACCAUGACUAGAAGCAGGCCGGGCAAGUUCGACACGGACGCAGCUCGGUGGAGUCGUGGAUUCACUUCCGGCAAGCACGUGUUCGAAAUUGUCUACCCAUCGGCCCACAGAGGGUCUGAAGCACCUGUUGGGGUCGGGGCUGAAAUCCGCACCCCUUCACAGCAAGGGGAGGGUCACACUGAUCGGCCACAACAGGGAGUCGUGGGGAAUCGACCUGAGAUCCAAAAGAGCUUUCCACAACAACAAGAUUGUGAAGAAAUACCCUCAGUCCCAGCAGAUGCUCCCGGACAAGCUCUUCAUGUAUCUGGAUGUGGACUCUGGAACCCUUCAGUUCGGCUCGGACGAGCGGUACUACGGGACUGCUCUGACUGGCAUCCGAACCGGCGGGGAGCCCAUUUACCCCAUGGUCGCCAGUUGUCUACAAGGAUCCACGAUAAGCAUGGUGUACCGAGGGGAAGCUGCAGAAGACCUAACAACAGUGACGACGACAACGACAGUGAUAGUGAACCAGCAGACUCAGAUGCAACCGGAGCCAUGUACCAUGAUGGUCCCACCCCACAACCAAUGGACCAGCAGCAGCAGCAGCAAGCACCAUGCCCCCACCGGAAGUUUGUAUGGAGCAACAUCUACAACCCACAGCUCCACCCGAAGACUGCUCCGACCAGCCCCAACAAACCACGACCCAGCCAGAAGAACCGACGGACCAGCCCCAACAAGCCACGACCCAGCCAGAAGAACCGACGGACCAGCCCCAACAAGCCACGACCCAGCCAGAACCGACCGACCAGCCCCAACAAGAAAAUACCCAAGAACCAGCGGGGGCGGCUGUACCUCCACCCAGUCCGGUCUACGAGAGUCCUCCACAGCCCGAUGUAUAUUCUUCCUGAGUGCACAGUGUGGAGGGUGACACAGGCUUGUAAAUAAAACAUUAUUACGUGA